AUGGCGUCACGCCCACGCGCUUCCUCCCAACCCGGGAAACUUUCCUUCCUCCAAACGUCCAAGGCCAGUAGCGCCCUGCGACCGCGGGCCGUGUCCUCGCGGUCGAGCUCCGUGCUGGAAGAGGAGCUGUCGUGCCCCGUGUGCUGCGAGAUCUUCAAGGAGCCCGUGGUGCUCAAGUGCAGCCACAGCUUCUGCCGGGCCUGCCUGCAGCAGUUCUGGAACAAGAAGAAGGCCCGCCGCGAGUGCCCCAUCUGCCGCAGGAAGUGCUCCCUGACCGAGCCCACCGUCAGCCUGGCCCUCAAGAACGUGGCCGACACCUUCGUCAGGGACCAGCGGCGCCGGGCGGACAGCGAGGGGACUCCCGACACCGGGGGGCAUCGGCCCGGGGCGCAAGAAGAGGAGGUGAGGUGCGCCGUCCACGGGGAGGUCCUCAAGCUCUUCUGCCUGGAUGACUCGGAGGUCCUCUGCUGCGUGUGCCACACCUCCAAGAAGCACCAGGGGCACGGAGUGUGUCCGCUGGAAGAAGGGGCGCACGAUCUCAAGGAGGAGCUGAAGAAGGAGCUAAUACCCCUGAAGAAGAACCUGCGGCGCCUGUAUGAGGCCAAGCAGGAGUGUGAUGACACAACUGUGCACAUCAAGAACCAGGCUCAGGCCACGGAGCAGCAGCUCAAAGAGGAGUUUGAGGAGCUGCGCGGCUUCCUGCAAAAGGAGGAAGCGGCGCGGCUGGCCGUCGUGCAGCAGGAGGCGGAGGAGAAGCGAGAGAUGGUCAGGAAGAAGGCCGAGAGCAUCACCAGGGACAUCCUGACUUUGUCGCACGCAAUCAUCGCCGUGGAGAACGAGAUCGCCGCCGGGGAUGCGCUUUUUCUGCAGAAUUAUCCCAGCACAAAGAAAAGGGCACAGAUCCCGCAGAAGGACCCGGAAAAAUUGUCCGGAGCUCUUUUAAAUGUGGCCAAGCACGUCAGUUCCCUCAAGUACCACGUUUGGGAAAAGAUGGUGGCGGUGGUUCAAUACACACCCAUCACCCUGGACCCCAACACGGCGUACUCCUGGUUGUCCAUCUCCAAGGACCUGACCUGCGUGGCCAACAGCGGCUCCCUCCAGCAGCUCCCGGACAACCCGGAGCGUUUCGGCCACUUCGUCUUCGCCCUGGGCUCCGAAGGCUUCACGUCGGGCCGCCACGCCUGGGAGGUGGAGGUGGGCGACAAGGAGGACUGGAUGCUCGGGGUGGUCCGGGAGUCCGUCGACAGGAAAGGCCGCAUCUCCGGAUGCCCCGAGGGCGGCUUUUGGAUGAUCUCGCACUACGACGGCGAGUACUCGGCCAUGACGAGGCCCGGCACCGCCUUGCGCGUGGAGGGCGAGCUCAGCAGGGUCAGGGUGCAGCUGGACUACGACGCCGGCCAGGUAAUCUUCUCCGAUCCGGUUAGCAUGACGUCCAUCCACACCUUCAGCGACUUCUUUGUUGACAAGAUGUAUCCCUUCUUCUGCCCCGGAGCCAACAUCAACGGCAACAACCCCAAACCCCUCAAGAUAUGCCCCGCGAAGGUGGCGGUGUGGAACAGCGCCACCUGGUGACAGAACUUAAGAAAAUCACAACUUUUUACACAAAAGUAUCACCUCAAAACAUACUUAGCCCUCCGAGGACCAUCAUAAGGAGACCACUAAAAUGCGUUCGCGUCGUAGUCCCACGUGUUAAUUUCUUCAAAGUAAUAUUGUAACAUACUGGAACGAUAUGCACGACAUUAGCGCUGUGCUUAAAUAAAGGAGUAUUAAAAAAAAAAACUGUCGGGAAUUGAAAUGGUUGGUUCACGGUAUAGAAAAAAAAAUCCCUGGGGGGAAAAAAAAAUUGUAAAUAAACAUGCAUUUAAAAUUAAAUACAACUGAAUGUCCUGAAGAAGUGUACUGCAAUGUAUUUUUCAAACAGCCUCGAGGUAAUUUGGUAUUUAAUUCAGUGAUUCUUUC